UCAUUAAAUCGGCUCACGGUCAACGUCAACACUUAGCGAUCGGCGGAAUAAAAAAGAGGCAAUAAAUGCCCUAAGUCAAGUGUGUGUCGUGUUGGUGGUCAUCGAGCGUCCUUCGGUCAAUGUUUUAAAUUUAAUGCUUUCAUUUUUCAAUUUUAUUCCAACGCGACCAUACAAAAAAUUCAAUAUACAUAUGUAUAUGUACUUAUAUUCAAUAUUUAUUAUACGUACCCGUAAAUAAAUAUAAAAGAGUUUAUUUUAAAUAAAUGUAUUAGAUACAUAUACAUAUAUUGAGAUAUAUAUAUGUACAUUUGUAUGUCGGUGAGAUUUCGAUUCACGUAACGGUUUAUUUAAAAAGAAAAAAGCAAAAGAAAAAAACUGAAAUCGAAAAGAAUUGGAAUAAAAAUUAAAUAAAAGAAAUACAUACCUCCCUAUAAAUACAGUGGAAAAAGUUUAAUAACAAUUUCUGUGUUAUUGUGUGAAAAUGAGUUUUCUUUCGCUUCCACGUAAAUUGGCAAGAGAGAGUCAUCGAAAUUCCAAUACUUCCGUAGAUCAAAAUGUCAAAUAUUUGAGUUUAAAUAAUAGACGACCAACUAGGAAAACAAAUUUAUAUAGCGGUGGCUCUACAUUGUCACUCCAAGUACCUCCGCGCAGAGGUAUUUUAAAUAGAAAUGGCAGUAUUUCGUCCAAUUAUUUCCGUGGAGUACACAAACAUCAAUUGGAACUACAUGCCGAAACUGUCUGUCACACAAUGACCAUUGAAGAUCUCUAUGAGGAAGUACUUUUUGAAAUUACAAACAACAUCGGAUGUGAGGCGAAUGAUGUCUGCAAAGAAUCACUCAUCGAAUUUGCUCAGGAAGCAUUUAAAAUGUCGAAUGCCAAACAUGAAGAAAUACUCGAAAUAGCACAACAAAAAGAACCUCCAAAUAUUCGACUAAAUGUGGAAAUAAUUAAGGCUGAAAAUCUUUUACCAAAGGAUGCAAACGGAUUUUCUGAUCCGUUUGUUACAUUAUAUCUGGAAUCGAAUGGUUCUCAUCGUUAUAAUUCAUCUGUUAAAACUGAAACUCUUAAUCCCAUAUGGGAGGAACACUUCUCACUGCCAAUUACAGAAAAUCCUAGAAACGAAGUGCUAAUCAUUGAAGUAUGGGAUUUUGAUGCGGCUGAAACUGUCAAAGACAAGGUUAAUAAAUUAAUGGACGUUAAAGGUAUUAAGGGGUUGCGUAAGUUAAUGAAAGAAAUUGCUAUGACUGCGUCUACUGGAAAGCAUGACAAUGAACUGAUCGGAAGAACGGCUAUCACCCUAAAAUCUAUACCGGUAUCAGGCACUACUGUUUGGUAUAACUUAGAAAAGGGUAGCAAAACUAAAAGUCGCGGCUCCGUUUUAGUGAAUUUAGCUCUUAGUGCUGAAAAAGAUAAACGUGUCGCUGUUCAAGAGCACCGACACCUAUUGAAACUCCUGCUAAUGCAUGAGCUGGAAUCAUCGCAGGUAGCAAACUAUUGGUGGGCUGGAAAAUUUAGUGGAAAUGCUGAAGCAAUUCGCUUGCAGCACUCCGUUCAAUCCGGCCUCUCAAAUUUCGAAUGUUCUCUCAGCCAAUGGUCUGUAUAUACUACAAUACACGAAGAUCACCCAUUGAGUUUCGGUUUAUUCAAUUCAAUACUAGACGUUAUUAUACCAAUUCUCAAGUGUCACCUCAAUGAAUCAGAGGACAUAAAAACAUUUUGGGAUGGGGUAAGACGUUUGCUGCCGUCUUGUUUUUCAAUCCUACGAAAAUUGCGUGCCAAAAAUGUUAGCGAUAAGCAAAUUGUAAAAACCCUUUGUGAGGUUCUUGACAUUCUCUCAAAGAUAAAUACUCUCGAAAGACCCAAAACCAUUGAACUAUUUCCACACAACGUGUAUGGGUGGAUAUCAAGAAAAGAUGAAUCGGAUUGCAGCAUUAAUGAGGUCAUUGUGGACGCCAUACACUGCGGUACCAAGGAGUGGCUGGAGCAUAUCAUUGAGGGGAAUCGUCAAAAUAGUGAUGAACAGUCCGACGAAGACAAUUUGCAAUACCUAAUAAAACUUAUACAAAUGGUUCGAUCUGACUUGCAAAGAGCGAUGGAAUAUUUUGAUAAACAUUUUUACCACAAAAUACGCUUAAAUUUCUCCACAGAGCUUUUUAAGUUCUAUGAUGAAAAAGUUGCUGAAAUAGCAAAAUCAAUAGUUACUGAAGUUUGUAGUCAUAUUAAAAGGCUGGAUGUCCCAGAAGACCAUUUUGAAGAGUUGCCUGACAUCGAGGACAUUAACAUGGGCACAACAUUGUUUGAGCUGUAUUUAGUACUAAAACGUUUCCUAGUACUAGGUAAAUCGCUUUGUCCCAAUGACGAGUUAGGAAUUGAACACUUUCACGCCUGGUUUAUGCCUGGCGUCGCACAUUGGUUGGCUAUAUCAGUUAUUAAAGCUCUAAAGAGAAUAGAGAAGGCAAUUGAACUAGAUGAACUGAAGGCCGUCGAUGAUACUGUCAAAUAUAGCUCUUCUGCAGUUGAUACUCUGGCUAUAUUCUACCAAAUUAAAAUAUUUUGGCAACAAUUAGAUUGGCCAGAUGCAGAGGGUUCUUAUACAUUUGUGGCUAAAAUUGUUGAUGAUAUAUGCCGAUGUUGCGUAUUUUACGCCCAGAGAAUGUCACGUCGUGUAGAGUCACUGACAAGGGACAAUAGCGAAUUUUUCCAUGUAUCACCGGAAUGGUGUUUAGCUAUAAAUAAUAUUGAUUAUAUACGCCAAAGCUUACCAUCAUUUAUUAAGGAGUUAGGAACUGACGAUGUCAUUAAACGUCUGGGCGAAUAUCGUUCACAAUUGGAAGCUGAACGAUGUGAGGUCACAAUUAAAAAUGUCAUCGACAAUUCACUAGAUACAGAAAAGAAUCAAAUUUUGGAAUUAAUUGAAAUUGUUGCUAGAAAAAUGUCUCCACCCAUUCGUCGGUUCUUAGCCGAGGGUGCUGAGGUUCUACAUGAGGAUUCCAACUCAAUGGAACGUCUUAUGAUGUAUUUGGAAACAUCGUUAGGUACGUUCUAUGAAAACUUAAAUGAAGUAAAUUUUGCGCGUGUUUUGGAUGCAAUAUGGGCCGAACUUUCAAUAAUCAUGUACGAUCUAAUUCAAUCAAAUCUUGAUAAACGCCGUCCUCCAGCAUUCUUUCAAAAUUUACGUCACACUUUGAGUGUGAUGAUUUCCUGUUUCAAAAGUGGCCAGAUUGUUACGUCAGAUAUUGAAGUCUUAACCGAAAUAGAACGAAUUCUGGAUUUGCAUGCAUUUGAAACGGCAGACUUAAUUCAUCAGUAUUAUUUGGAGAGACUUGGGCACCAGAAAGAAGUUGCCAAUUCAGAAUAUGGUAAACUAACCAUUAGAGCAAAUUUUACAGAUACUGGAUUAGUGUUGGAAAUUAUGAAUGCUAGGGAUCUAGUUCCAAUGGACUCAAAUGGAUCUUGUGAUUCGUUUGUAAAAGCACACUUUCUUCCAACUAAUCGAUUUCUGGGAGUUCCGGCUGUGAAGACUGCUGUUCAUAACAAGACUCGUUAUCCACUUUACGAUGAACAAUUCACAAUAAAAUUAACUGAUGAUCAACGUAAACAACAAAAUAGUCUGAUAGUGUUUAGCAUUAAAGAUAAGGAUUUGUUUGGCAUGACCAGUCAAUAUAUUGCCGAGUGUUAUAUAACAUUUGCCGACUUAUUGGGCAAUGAGAACGAACAAAUUCAUAUGGAACUUUCAAGGCCGGAAUAUACAGAUUCCGAUACCAUCAGAGCCCUAGAAUAUCGCCAAGGUGACAAGCAGGCAAAAGAUUUUUUGAAAAAACUUAAGAAUAAAUCGUACUCAUGAGAGUUAGUUAAACACCUUAAGCGUGUUGUAUUCAAUUCUUCUCAUAAUAAAAUGGACAAUAACAAAACUAAUUCAUAAAACAUAUUGCUUAUUGACGAUAAGAGUGUCACUACUCAAAAAUUCCGAUACUUGAACUGAAUACUAGAAAAAAAUACUUUUAUUAAACUUGUUCAUAAAAUUCAAUCCAUUUACUCAAACUCACAUUAUUUUCAGUAUAACAUGAAUCGAAAUCUGUGUGUUUUCAUGUUUAUUUAAUUGUUGAACAUUAAAUUUAAUAUCAAUUAAAUAAAACUCAUAUAAAUAUCUGAUAUGAUUUUCAGCAAUGACCUUUUUGCGCCAAUCACCGAUAUGUACCUACUCGUGCAUAUUAUACAAAUCGUCGUUGCGCCAACCAUAAGUCUUAUGUGUUUUUUUUUCUUUUUAAUUUUCAUCCAAAUUAUUUUCUAAUAUGGUUCCAAAGUUAUUAAAGGUAUUUAUAUAUAUUUUACAUAACUUUCAUUUUAAACAAUAAAUUGUUAUUUUACUCUCCUGAAAAGUGGCUUAAAAACACAUAUGACUUUUUGUGAGCGCAUCGACGAUUUACAUACAUAUUUACAACAUAUUCAUAAAUAAUUCACUUACGCACAUACUUUCAAUCAUACACAAAUACACUCAGGUAUCGUAUUAUGCGAUAGAUGCGUCCCAAAUCGCAUAAAUUGAAUUCGCAUAAAACGAUACACUAGCUUCAUAUAAAAACUACUGAUUCGGUCCAAAAUUCUGAAAAACCGUAUAAAUUCAAAUUUUAAUUAAAAAACCAAACCAAAAUCGCAUAAAAAAGAUCAACAAAAAUAUAUUUAUUUCAUUUACUUAAACAGUGAAAACAAAACACGUUAAAAAAAAAACACAAAUAUAAUUUAAUUCAUUAAUUACAGAAAAAACAGAAAAUUAUCCAAAAAAUAAGCUAAAACAUUUUUUAAGGAAAUUCUGUAAAUAUGUAUGAUUAAUCUGAAUCACUGAAUAAUUGUCGGCAUCGUUAUGGAAUUAGUUUAACGUCACUUUCAUCACUAGAUAAUAUAAUCAUAUUGUAAAUUUUACAUGAAAAUUAUAUUUUACAAUGUAAAAUAUCAUUUUCAUCACUAGAAUUUAAAAAAAAAACAUAUAAAAUUUUAAAAUCUGUUAAAAUUCUAAAAAAAAUCGUUGAUUUAAAAAUCGCAUAAAUUUGAAUCCGCAUAAAACGAGACCUGAGUGUAUUUGUAUUGUAAACUAAUAAUGUGAAAAUUAUUGACUAAAAGAGUCAUUACUAGGGGGCGGAUUUAUAUGUAAAUGUAUGUUUUUUUCUCGAACGUUCAAAUACCAUGUAGACUAAUUACACUAUACAACACCAACAAAAAUUACAAUAAGAAUGUGCCAGAGUUGGGAAACUUUAACCCGCCCUCAAAUGAAAUUCAGAUGUAAACUUUCAAAACGCCGAUACACGUGUCUUUUUUUUGGUCUCUUCUAUCAAAAUUUAUUGGUCGGACCUUAUAAUUUUGGAAAAAAUUUGAUUUUGUUGUAUAGUGUUAUCUUAUCUAUCCGAAUCACACAUUUUACUGUAAAAUGGCAUCGAUUUCCUAGGGUAUAUUUUUGAUAAUGCAUAUUAAUAAGCGUAUUUUCCCAAUUUGUAAUAAAAAUAUAAUAUUUUGCUUUCGAUGGAAAAUAUAUUGUCCCAAUUAGUUAUAGAAAUAGCAUCCAAAAGAUGCGUGUUAAUGGUCUGAAUAUUAAAAACUGUAUAUUUUUCAUACAAACGUUGUGAACUAACUUCUAUCGACAUUUAGAAAUGGACAUUAGUUUCUCUAUCAGACAUUGAAAAUUACAUUUCAAAGUAUUUGGUUUUUUGUUUUAAUAGGUAUCAGCAAUUUAUUAAUUCUAGCUUUUUUUUCGUUGUGGUUUCACAUUCGUGGUUGGAUUCUAUUUUAGAGUACAAUCAAUAUUUUGAUGAUUUUAAAAUCUAUGUCACUUGAUAAAGGCUCAGAAGAUUAAUUAAGUAUUAAUCCUAACAUAACCAUCGUUUGCACAGCAAUAAGAAAUGUCGAAUAGAUUUAAACACAAAAUGUAAAUGCAUAUUUUUAGAAUUUUUAGGUCACAUUUUGAUUGUUUUGAAGCAUAUUUUUCAAUAAUAAAUGCAUGAAAAUCCGCCUCCUAGUCAUUACUAAUUAAGAGUACAUAAAAGUAUGUAUGUGUAUAAGAACUUUAAUAAAAUUGUAAUUUAUGAACUAGAUUUUGUAUCAGGAAAAAUAAAUCCGUCUAAAAAUUCAAUACAACAUUUACAACGAAAUAUUUGGAGACAGAACGAUGAAAAAAUAAAAUUAAAAUCUCUACUAAAUUUAAAAAAAAAAAAAAACAUUUCCACUUAGUAGACUUCAAAUUGUUUAUUUGGAACCAUGGUACAAUCAAUUACCAGGUAGAAUUGUUAAACAGAGUUUUCAAUGUUCACCCCUAAAACUUCAAGCUAUGUAUUUAAUGACUUUACUUUUUUUUUAAACUUGUUACCGCGGUUCAAACUUAUUUAAAAAAAAUUAGUUUUUCUUCAAUUAUUAAUAAAUCGAUAUUUGAAAAUAAAUUUUUUGUAGCAAAAAUUUAAAUAAAAUUUUUUUUAGACAUUUACUUUUGUUUGUCGUUAUAGGGAAUGUAUAAUUGAGAACAUACUUUAUAAUAAUUGUACCUUGUUAGUUCUGCCAUGAUUUGGAACUAAUUUAAAAAAAAAAACAAAAACUUAAAAAGGUAAAGUUUAAAACAUACCGCAUAAUCAUUAAAAAAAUUAAUUUUAAGCAUUUACAUAUUAAGGAAAUUCAAAAUUAAAUUAUAGUUCUUUGGAAAUAUUUAUUAUUUAUGUAAAAAUAAAAUAUAUGCACAGUUGUAUUAAAAAUAUUUAUAAUAAACUAAUAUUAAACAUGUAAUCAUAAA